GAUUCCUCCGCUCGCGGCAAAAACCUCCGACCGAGCAGAUAAGGCGCGGCCACCACCCCCGACCACCGCCAGCGGCCAUGGUCGGCGUCGCCGCCGGCUUCGCGUUCGCGCCGGCCGUGUCGCGGCGGCUGCCCUACAGGCCGUGCUGCUCCACCGCCCACGCCUCGGUGCCCUCGUCCUCGGCGCGGUCGUCGCUGGCCGCGCGGCAGGGGCGGCCGCGGCGGCUCGUCGCCGUCGCGCGCUACUCCGCGUACGGGAGCGACGAGGAAGACGACGAGGAGGGCGGUGGCGGGCGGAGGGACCGCCCCGAGCAGGAGCAGGACCCCGCCCUCGACAUCGAGCGCAUCCAGUCUUCGACCGUCAGGCUGUUGGAUGCCCAGAAAAAUAUGGUUGGUGUUAUAUCUGUAAGCGAGGCAGUUCGAAUUGCUGAUGAAAAUGAUCUUAUGCUGGCAAUAUUGUCACUAGAUGGAGAUCCUCCAGUACUCCGACUCUUUGAAGAGAAAGAUUACAAAAAACACAAGUACGAACAACAGAAGAAGAAAAGAGUUCAGCAGAAAAGAUCUGUUGCAAAACGCAUGGGCUUGAAAGAGCUGAAAAUGGGGUACAACAUUGAUAUCCAUGAUUAUAGUGUGAGACUUAGAGCUGCAAAGAAAUUUCUUAAAGCCGGUGACAAGGUUAAGAUAGUGGUGAACUUGAAAGGUCGGGAGAACUUGUACAAAAAACAAGCGAUUGAACUUCUCAGAAGAUUCCAAACUGAUGUUGGUGAGCUAGCGACAGAAGGAAGUAAGAAUUUUGCGGAGAGGAAUAUAUAUUUGAUUCUUGUACCCAAUAAACUAGCCAUACAGAAAGAGCAAGAUGGGGUCAGCAAAAAGGACACUGUGGAAGGAGAGACGGACCAAUCAGAGGAUGAAUUGGACGGGGACGACACUGUGAUCGAACAACUGGAGGGAAGUAGUUUGGACGGGGAUGAGCUCGUGAUAGAACAACUGGAGGGAAGUAGUUUGGACGGGGAUGAGCUCGCGAUAGAACAACUGGUGGAAAGUAAGGAACCUGAGACAGAAGUCUCAGCAAAUGUUUGAUUUAGCUGUAAAGCCCAAGGGUGCCGUCUCUGAUUUUAGAAGGUACCAAUACUGUUCAUGUAAAUACAAGGAUGGUGCUAUUGUACUUGUACUCGCCGUCCUUGCCUGAUGAAACAGAAGAGCUAUCCACCACCGUCGGUUGCCUGGGGAGUCAGACAGAACAAAACCCUGUGAUAUCAAGAAGCUGGGGGCUACCAUGUGAACAUUUUGGUUUAGGGGCCUCGAAUCAUCAUCUCGCAUUGUACCAACGGAAUCUACUAAACGGCUUGGGACCGUGCAGUAAGUGAGUCAGUAACAGUCACGGAGACUGUUAGGAAAGUUCACUUGUAUUGCCUGGUCCGGCAUUGUUGUCAGCAAGGUUUUGUUUUGGCGCUGUCGUCGUAAAUCCUUGUCGGUGCUGUGGAGAAGAUCAGUAGUCGUAUCUUGUUUAUCAAAUGGUUGCUUUCGGAUUUUUUCAACAUUUGGCUGGAAGUGCCGGAGAAGAGGGAGAGUAAUUUCUAUCUA